AUGCGUUUUCUGGCGGUGGUUUUCACCUGCCUCUGGGCAGCUUGGUCGGUGGCGGCUGCAAAUUCCUCCGAGGUUGAGGCUCCGACCUGUGGUUUGCUAUGCAUUGCUACAACGACAGCACACUCGGGAUUGUGUAGUAUCACGGACGCCAACUGCAUCUGCACCAACGCCGAACUAAACGCCCAGAUCGAGGCCUGUGUAACGGCAAAUUGCACAAUCAAAGAAGCACUGCAAACUCAAAAGUACAGUUAUGUGACAUGUGGGAAGGAGGGAGAAGACCGAAGAGCCGAAGUUUGGAUCAUUGGCGUAACGUUUGGUGCGAUUGGGCUGUUCGCCUUUGGACUACGAUGCCUCGCCAGACUAUAUGUUGGUGCUCAGUCUUGGGGGAUGGAUGACUGGGUCAUGUGCGGCAACAUGCUUUUCAUGAUACCACUCUGCGUGCUAUCUCAUGGCUUGGGCCUUGAUAUGUGGUUUGUCGACUUUGAUGACAUCACAUCCAUUCUUUACUAUUACUUUUGGGACGAAAUGCUAUAUAUCACCGCACUCGCUCUGACUAAAGUCUCCAUCUUGUUCUUCUACCUCAAGGUCUUCCCAAAAAGAUCGUUUCGAAUCUGCGUCUAUAUCUUGAUCAGCCUCAACAUUUGCUACGCCCUCGGAUACGUCCUCGUCCUCAUAUUUCAAUGUUCGCCGAUCAACGGAGCCUGGCUGAGUUGGGACGGAGAAUACGAUGCCAAAUGUGUCAGCAUCAACAUUCUCGGCUGGUCGGCUGCCGCUAUCAAUAUUGCCUUGGAUCUGGCGACCAUUCUUUUGCCGCUCCCUGAACUUUUUCAGUUGUCCAUGUCGUGGAAGAAAAAGGUUCAGAUUCUGCUCAUGUUUAUGGUCGGCUUCUUUGUUACCAUUGUCAGCGCGAUACGAUUGCGGUCUUUGAUUGAGUUUGGUACAACGCAGAAUGUCACUCAGGACUACGUCGAGGUUGGAUACUGGUCAACAAUCGAAGUUCCUGUCGGCAUCAUCUGCGCCUGCAUGCCCGCAGUCCGCUCACUCUUCAGCAAGGUUCUCCCAAGUCUAUUCGGAACCACUCGAGGUGGCAAGUCCGAGUACUACGGAUACAGUCACGGACAAAGCCACAACCGCGGAUUCUCGUCCAAGAUGUCUUCAUCGGGAAUGGGGGGCUUGAAUAGCACAUCGGAAAACACCCAAAUCAGGAUCAAGCAGGAGUGGACGGUCAUGAGCAAUCCAGCUGAGAACCGGAGCGACGUCGAGCUGAGGUCUUUCGAGCAGCAGAUUGCGGGUGUCGAAAAACCAAAGAAGCUGAGACUUACCAAGCAAAGCAAUGACGAGUGGAGCAGUGCGGAAGAGUAUCCGGGGGAACAAAGAGGCCAUGAUCGCGGCCGGGGCUCGGCAAGCACUCACGGAUCAAACAUGAUCUAA